AUGGCAUUAUUUAUGAAACAAGAUUUCUCACCACCUAUAUUAUCAAGACGAUGGGUUGCACUGAAAUUCAGACCUAACAUGCUCGUGUAUAGCAGAGAGCAUAUCAUAGCAAUACUAGAAAGUGGUUUGUUAUUCCGAGAAGACAGUGUUGAGGUGGAACAGGAAGCACCUGAUGCUGAGACUAUUUGGAAAAGGGCUGGUGGAUGUAAGGGUGGCUGGUUCACCGGUGGCGAGAGAAAUAUGGCCUUAGCUGCUACACUUGCUUUGGUUGUUGCAGCACCACCUAAAAAUUUACAACGACUAACUCUAUUUAAACUGGCAACAUACAUGUUAUUACCAGCAGUAAUACGUGCAACACAUAGAAUGUAUUGCAAGGGAUCACUUAAAACAUUACUAUCAUUGAUGCGUGAUUAUAUGUCGUUAGUUCGACGCGCUACAGCGUGUUGCCGUGAAUAUGCCACUUUGCAUUCAAAAUUAGCAUCAGUGUCAACAAUAAUAGAGUCAACACAAGCAAUGCUUUUACAACAACAAACUUCUCUCUUAGUGCUCAUGUCUCGAGCCGGUUCUUCUUUACUGGGGAAUGUGCCAUGGUUGAGAGGUGAUGUCAUUUGUGAGUUUGACACUGACAAUCUAUUGAAAAUCCAUCACGCGUUCCUCGUCGUUCAAUCGACACUCUUAAAAAAUAUCGCGCUCGCUCAUUCUGUACCAACAGCUCACACGUUAAAAUUAUACAAAAAUCAUAAUGAACGUGUAUAUUGGAUACACAAUGUUCUAAUAAAUCAUCUUAUUCUGGAAUUCAAAGAUAAUUUUGAGGCUUUAGAAAGAAUGUAUAGGUUGUUAAAAAAUGUCGGUACUAAAGAUGGAGAUAUUGUAAAAAAACUUGGUUCAGCUAUAAACGAUACGUGGUUAUACUCUGAAGUUCAUACUGGGAUAGCUCGGUCAUGUUUGGAAAUGAGGGUAGCAUUGGAAAAAUGCAAUCAUUUAGAUAUGUUUUUGGAUUCCUGUGCAACGAACAGACAAAACAUCGAUUUGGAUAUAUUAGAUAAAGAUAUUGAUGAGAUAAUAGAUACAAUAACAAAAUGUCUAUCAACUGUGCAAAACUCGCAGAUACGUUUGAAGAAAAUGCAAAAUAAACUUCAAGUAAAUGAUGAUGUGAAACAUGAUAGUGACAAGGAGUAUGAAGAAAAGAAUAUAUUAAAAAUAGAAGAUAAAGAACCAGAGAUAAGGGAUGAAGUUUUUUAUUUCGUUAAAACUGAAGACGAGAGUGUAGUUUCUCCGGUUGGUGAUGUAGUGACAGGUCCUGGCCGAAAAGAGAAAGAAACGUCAAAAGUUGUUUUGAAAGAGUUAAAAAGAAAAUUAGUGAAAAGAGAAGAUGUGAUGAGAGAAAGAGAGAGACAAGCAUUGGCAAAAACAAUGCCAGAUCUAAAAAACAUACCAGAAUUUCCGAGGCAGAUAAACUACGAAGAAUAUUUAGAUAAAAAAGGUUUUAUAACAAAAAUUGUUAGGAAGCAGAUGAAAAAUAGAAAGUUGUUUAAAAUAUAUAAAAUAAGUAAACAUCAGAAACGAAAAUUAGGGAGUUUUAAAUUAAAAAUAGAGAAAUACAAAAUGGAAAGCGAUUUACCAAUAGCAUUUUACGAAGCCAAUGCAAAAUUCGAUGCGAAAAGUAAAUUUUUGACGGUAAACAAAGUUAAAGGCAAAUAUAUAAUAACAAAAUGGCAGAAAUAUGUUAAAAUACCAAAGAAUGAUUCAGAAUUCAGUGAUUUUUCUGAUACUUUAAGCGACGUAGAUAAUAAAAUACCAAACAUCGAAACAAGUAACCUAAAACAAGCGAAUGAAGUUAAAAACUUUAAAUUUUCAAAAAAAGAUCUCGAACUUUCUCCUUCAUCUUCGGAUAGUGAAUUUGAUCAAUAUGAGAAAUCAGCACUUUUAAAUGACGUGAGAAGAUAUAGGGCGGUUAGGAAGAAGAACUUUCCAAAACGGCAAACAAUAGAUAAUGUAGAUGAAAGUCUCAAACCCAUAGAGUAUAGUUUUGGCACGGGAUUGGCAAUGGCGUCGGUUUUGCAAAUAAAUAGUAAUGCCAAAAUAUCAAAUAUGGUGCAAGAAGAAGUUUUCAUUGGCAAUGGUGAAGUUUCAACAGAUAGUGGAAAUGAUGAAGAUGCU